AUGAAGCUAUAUGAUGCGCAAGCACCGAACCCUAUGGUGUUCGACGUUCAACAAGUCGACAUCAUGUCUCUCGAGAACAGGAGGCUCGCCUAUCGCCGGGAUGUCAAUCCUCGCGGUGAACUGCCCGCUUUGCGCAUAUCAGACAGUUUUGUCCUGACCGAGAUCACGGCCAUCUGCGAGUAUCUCGACGAGAUCGCCAAGGGUGGAAAGAGCCUCUUUGGGGAGACCCCGGAGGAAAAGGCCGAGACGCGCAUGUGGCUGCGACGAAUGGAUCUGGAGAUUGCUCAGCCCGUGAUCUCAUGGUACCGCAACGACCCGGCGACUAUCGACUUUUACAAGGGCAACCGCAUUCCCACCCCAUCCGCGCAAACCAACGAGAAAGUCAUCAUUAAUCAGUUCCUGAACCUCCUGGAUGAUGAGUUAGAGGGAAGAACAUGGCUUUGCGGCGGUCGCUUCUCUGCAGCCGAUAUCCACUUUUACGGAUUGUUGAAGAUGAUGAUCAUGGGCCCUGCUUCUUGGGUGCUUUCACCUGGUCGCAAGAAUGUAGAAGAUUAUUUCGCAAGGAUGGAUAGUCGCAAGGCUAGCAAGGACGCUCUUACGCCAUUUGGCGCCACUGUUUCGGUGUAA